GUUCAGCCUUGUGUCACUUCACAACAUUGUGUCACAUGACUUAUCAAGAUGACAGCCGAUCUUGUCUUCGGUAUGUUGCUACUUUCAUUUAAUACGUUAAAAUCCAAAUUAAAAGGAUUUUUAAAAAAGUAUAUGUAUUUAUUUAUAAAUGUGCAACUCAACUUAAUUUUCAGGCUCUAUUCCCCCGUUUUAUCGGGAGGUGUAUGACAUCGUGUCCCCAAAUCAAGAGCAAGUUGACCGCGAUCUUUUUGUGCAGCUGCUUGUAAAAUCCAGUCUUCCUAAACAAACUAUUAUGCAAGUAAGUUGACAUCAUUUACUGUUAAAGUGGCUUGUAAAAAUUUGAGAGUAAAUAUUAACCCUGUGAUAUUUGCAAAUAUAAGACUAAACCAAUAAAGCUAACUUUUUAAAUUAAACCUUCAAAGUACAGUAAGAACUUGCAACUCUUACUUAAAAGUGGGUGUGUCUUCUUGUCUUAGAAUUAGUCAGAGUCAGAGGUAUAUAUAUAUAUAAUUAUAGCCAUUUAAUUUUCACAAGGAAUUAGUAAUUGGCCUACACUAAAAAAUAAUAAAUAAGUUACAUAAUAAGCGUUUUUUUCUAAUAUAUAUUAUUAUACAUAUAUAUUAUAUAUUGAUUAUUGAUAUGAAUAUGAAUAAAUUUCUCUCCAAAAAAGUUGUAUUUUGAAGGCAAUUCAAUUGCUUAUACCACAAUUAUGAAUUGAAAUGGUGAAAUAUUGAUAAAUAACUUAAACUUAAAUAAUUCAUAAAUAAAUCAAAUGAUCAAUUCAAGAUGACAAAAACAAAUUAAAAUGAAAAAUUUUUCAAAGAUCAUCAAUUACAAUUCCAAUAUAUUAUAUCCUUGCAAUCUUGGCAAUUCAUUGUGGACUCUCAUUCAAAUCAAAUUAAGAUGCAUGCAGUAUCAAAUUUUUAAAGAUCAAAGUUUCAGGUGAUAUUUCCCUGAGUGUAAAGAGAAAAUUGAAGCUAAAAAAUAAUAACUAAUCAAAGUUAAAUAUAUUCAAGUGAGGUUGUUUUUUUUUUGCAUCCAUCCCUCACAAUGUGACGAUGGUGUAGACUUUGCAGAUGAAUUAUUCUUUAAGAGGGUUUGCAAGUUCCCUAAGACAGAAAUUUACCUCCCUCCACACAUCUGGAGAACCCAAAGGAAUAUAGCAUUUGAAUGAUACAGUUUGAAACCAGUAGAGUCACAGGAGUUUCCGGAAUUUUUAUUAAGUUAAUGUCGUACAGCCUACGGGACCCUAUCUCUAGGUUUGAAUUCAGAGUUUGCCUUCUCUUAGAUGAGUUGCCAUCCAAGAUUAACGGGUCCCAUGGAUCUGGAGUGCUGAUGAUGUAUUUUCUUGUCUAGGCUUUUGCUGGGAUUUGAAAUUCGGUCCACAACCUUGGAAUUCAUGCAAUAUAGACUACACAUCUAGCUACCAAGUGACUAUAUCCUGCCUAAAUAGCCCUACUUGGAAUUUACCCAAAAAAAAUUAUGUUGCACACAGCUUAAAAUUAGGAGGGUUGAUUGAUGUAGACUUACUUAUAAAUAUAUAUAUAAUUACAUUAAUUUUCUUGCAGAUAUGGGACCUUGUGGACACACAGCAAGGUUUCAUGACUAGAAAUGGUUUGUACAAAGCUUUGGCUUUGACGGCCUUAGCUCAGCAAGGAAAAUCUAUUAACGAUAAAUUGUUGGAGACCUUUUCCGGUCAGGGUAAGUGUUGUAUUAUUAUUAUAUUAAUUUUAAAAGAGUUGUUAUUUCUCUUUUUACAUUUUUUAAAAACUUGUUUGUCUUUUAUUUGGGAAAUUGUAAAUAAUAAAUUUAAAGCCAAAAAAAAAAAAGCAGGCUAAUUAUUUAUUUAUUUCGUUAAUUUUAUGAUAUUAGUAAAUUUUUCUUCUAAAUAAUAUUUUUGAAAAAAUGUGAAAGUUUAUAUUUUAUUAAAUUUAAUCACUGUAAAUUAGUGAAGAAAUUAGCAUGAUAUAAUAUAAAAAUGUGCCUUUGAAUUUUCAGAGUUACCGAAGCCAUCUCUUGGUGACUUAUCUGACCUGAAAGCUUCAAGUUUAAAAUUAAGGAGAGAACGCACUCCUAAUGUUUUAUGUUUUGACUUCAAGGAACUAUGUGAAAUUGACUCAAUAAAGUUAGAGCUGGUUCCAGAGAAAAAGGGAAUUAUUCUUAAACAUGUUGAGUAUGAAGUAACAAGUAAGGUAAGAUCCUAACUUACAAAUUUAAAUUUUAAGCAAUUUUUCCACUAUGCUUUCAAUUUUAUCUUCAUACUGUCAUACUGAAUGUAAACUAAAUGUAAAUUAUUUUUAAAUAUGUAUAGAAGUUUUAAAAUAUAUAAAGUGGAUAUAUGAAUACAAAUACAUAGAUUUGAUACAUAAUUUUAGAUUUUCAGCAUGAACCAUGAAAAAAAAUUAUCAAACAUGAAACAUUUCUAAUAGAAUAUAGAUGUUUAUUUGCUGACUAGCUAUCAUUAAUACACAUGAUGUCAUACACCUAAGAAAUACAAUAGCAAUUUAAGAAUCUUUAUUUACACUUUCUUUAAAUGAACACUAAAAGUAAUGGCAGCACUAUACACUCUUUUAUUCUUAUAGAGACACAAAACAACAGUGCUGCGUCGUUACAAUGAUUUUGUUGCUCUCCAUGAACUGCUAACGGCCAGGUUUGCAUACAGGGUUAUUCCAAGACUGCCACCAAAAAAAAUUGGAGGUACUUAAAAUAUAUUUUAAGUUCAUUUUUUUUCUUUGCAAGUCUGUCAAAAAUUGCUUUAUAACAUAAAAGACUUUUUAAAAAGUAUACAAAUUUUUAAAUUGAAAAGUGCACAAUAUAUAAAAUUUAUCAGCUUCAGUUAUGACUAAAGCAAAAUUAUGAAUGAGGAGAUAUAGACAUGUAUGUCCAUCCAUCCUGGGGCGCUACAUCCCAUGUAGGGCUUUGGCCUGCCUCACUACUUCCUUCCACUCAGACCUAACUAAUGCUUUUCUUUUCCAUGCUCGGAUUCCUAGUUGUUGUAGAUCUUUUUCCACAUCAUCCAUCCAUCUAAGCCUAGGUCUGCCUUUGAGCUGUUUUCCUCUGGGGUUUUGAUGAGGCACCCUCUUCACUCCUAUGUCAUUUGGCAUUCUGAAUCCUGUUAUUGUUCCUCGGGUGUCAAUAUGUAUGCUUCUUAUAACUCUCUCUAAUGUUAAGUAAAAUAGACACAUAUGUACAUAAUGUAUUAUCCAAUUGUUGAUUUAAUUUGUACAUUUAAAUAAAAAAAAAAGAAAAGAAAACAAUAAGAUUUAUUAAAUAAUUAAAUAUGUCUGGUCCUCCAACCGAUAAAUUAAUUUGUGAAAGCAUCUUGAAGAUUAUUAAUUGUUUUGUUGCCCUCUUGGAUACUACUUCUCAGCUAGGUGCUAUUUUUUAAUUUAACUCCGUUUUUUUGCUGUUGUUUGUUGGCUCCCAAAAGUUUCCUGCCGACACAUUCGUUGUUUUGUUGCAUUCCAUUUUUCAGGUUAUACCAUGCUUUGUUUUACUUAAUUUCCUUUUUUGCUAACCUGAUUGCAGUCUCUCACCUUAUUACCAUAACUAUAACCUCCACCUGAAGGAAUGCUACACUGGCUGCAAGCAGCAUCUUUGAGAGCACUACUUAUGAUAGCCUCAGAACAUUUAUAUAGGGCAUAUUCAAUCUUAACAGAUACAGUCAAACCCACUUAUCUCGACCUCGGUUAACUCACCAACCCUGUUAUGUCAAAGUUUUUGAAGUGGAACCGCCAAAUUCUCUCUUUGUCUUAGCAUUUCCUCCUCUGUUAUGUCGCAGAACCCUGAUAUCUCAAGCACAAAAGGUGGCCAGAUUUGCCACUUAACCUCGGUUAUCUCGAUCCCCAUGACGAAUCGCCUGCUUUUGAAAAUUAUAUACAACAAAAACGUGCCUACUUCAAACUGUAUUAAUUGGAAUGAAAUGACAAUAUUGUUGUCUGCGGAAUUAACUUGACACAGCAAGAAGCGAGGAACAAGAGGCUUGCAAACAAAAGAGAGAGGUUGUAGUACCUGUUCUAUUUAUAGCAAACCCGUUGUCACUUAAUAGGCUUUCACAUGUUCUUACACGUUAAUUUUUUUUUAAAUACAGAAUCCGUAUUUGAAUAAACUGAACUGGCAAAUCCGGAGCGAGAGAAAAUAAAAACUCGCAAAUCUGGAGCUGAAAAAUAAAAUUUAGCCUCAUGAAUCCGUAUAAUUCGGAAAAGUGACACCCCAGUUAUGCCUUGUGUUGUUAGCAAACAUGUAUGUACAUUUUUAUAGCAUGCCGAUCGCUUCAUCAAACAAAUCGCAGUAACGCUGUUGUUUAACAAAAAAGACUCCAAAAACAAUUGCAUAUACAUUCUCAUUUAUAAAAGCACAUCAUGUUCAUAAAGAAACUUCAAGCACAUGUUAAUAUAUUGCCGCCUUAUUGGUUUUCGGUCAUAUCGAUCAUCGGUUAUCGCGACGCUUUUUGGUAAACCCAGAGGCCGGCGAAAUAAUCAGGUUUGACUGCAUAAGUUUAUGGUUUCUGCCUUUAGUAAAUAACUUAUGAUCAAUUGAAGAAAGCACUUAACAGUCAUGUGCAUAUUACUGUUGACCAAGAAUUUUCUCAUUUACUGAGUCAACUUGUAAAAAAAACAAAAAACAAAACAGAGGCCAUUUUUUGCAUUCAAGAAAAAUUAAAAAUUAAAUAGCUACCGUAAAUAGACUUUGUCCCAGGAGCUUGUCAAGACAUGUUGGUUUUUAUUAAGAAUUUUAUACUAUUAAUUAUUAUAUAUACAACUGCAUGACUGACACUACGAUGUGACAACAAACAAUAAUUACAAAGUUUAUUCCUUUUUUUUAUAACAGCAUACUGUGUUUUAUUUUUUGUUUAAGAAAUUCAUGAUUUAUACUUCCAGCUUCUAGAGAAUUCAUCGAACAACGCAAGAAAUGCUUGAGAAGAUACCUAAAUAUAAUUGCCAGGCAUCCACAAAUGCACGAUGAUAAGCUGGUCACAUUUUUCUUGACAUUUGCAGGAAAUGUAAGUCUAUUUAAGAAGAAAUAGUUUUUUGAGAUUCAAUUUUAGAAAUCAUUCUGAUUAUGUACUUUUCUGAUUUUACAUGCUGAAAAUUUAGUGAAUAAGAUUUCAAAACUAGGAUAUUUCAAAGCGACUCACAUUGGGUAAAGUAGAGAAUUAUACAAGCAAUAACAAGCAGUUAUCAAUUGUCAUAAAUCCUUGAGUAUGGAAAACAAGUAAGAUUGCAGUGUUUGCAAUCUUUUAUUCAAUUUUAUUAUUUAAAUUGCAUUUUGGUAUAAUGGCACUGCAGCAGCCAUCUUUAAAAAAAUAAUUAACAAAAGGCAGUUAUAAUUUUCUAAUUGAUUAGCUCAAUAUCUAUACUUAUUGUUUCAUAUAGAUAUAUCCUUAUAGGUAUUUUUUAUUAUCUUCAUAUUUUUUUAAGGAUGUGCAGCACAAAAUAAAAGAACAGUUUAGAGGAAUACCUGAUGAGUUUAUGACAUGUGACAUGGCCAGUAGAGCUAAGGUAUGGAUAAGCGACUAUAAUCUAUAAUUGUUUUGAGAAAAAAAACAACACUAUAAUUUUUUUUGCUUCAUAAUUUGCAAAAGCCAGUGCCAUUGCUAUAGAAAAGGUUACAACCAAAAAUAACUGUUGGAAAAAGUAAUGAAUGCACAUUUUAGAAGAAAAUUUUUUUUUUGUAAACAAUAUAUUAUGACAGCUGUGCUGUAGAGCAUAUCAAAGUCAGGAAGAUUUUAGUAUUUAAUUACUUUAAAUGAUUCUCAUUACCAAAACACUUGGUAGGGACAAACAUCAAGAAACAUCAUCAUCAUUAUUUAUCAAUAAUGUUUUUGUUUUUAAAUUAUUAGUUUAUUUAUUUUUUUGAUGUAUUCAAGUUCGUUCCCGUUUCUUUUAAAUUUAUGAAGCAGAAGACCCCCUAAUCACAUAAGCAAUGUAUAUUUUACCAGAUCAAUACUAAAUAAUGAUUCAUUGAAAUGCAAUGGUAUGUUUUUAAAAUAAUAUUCCUACAAGCCAUAUAUUUAAGUUAUUCAUGACUAUUUCUUGAAAUAACACUAUUUUGCGCAUGCUUGAACAUGUUUUGUACCAAAACAGUCCACAAAAUUUCACUUCGUUGUGCUAUUUGACUUGAAAAUUUUGAAAGUUUUUGUUUAAAGAAAACAAGAAUCGGUCUAUCAAAAAAUAUAUUUGUUUUUUUUUAAUAGGAUCUUGUCCCAAUGGACACCCAGCAACAGUUGGCCACAAGUAAAGAACACAUUAAACUAGUGUAUGAAACUGUAACCAGGUUAAAAGACAUAGCUGAAGGCAUGGUGAUGAGAUCAACCCUUUUUGCAACUGACAUGCUGCAUCUGGGCAGGCAGCUGAGGUAAAACACAAAUUUAUACAAUUUUGAUUGAUUAAAUUUUUUCAUAGUCAUAAAAUUCUCUUGUAAUCUGGGUGAAGCUGAAAGUCAAUGCUAUAGAUGUUUUAAAAAGAUACUCAUAAUAUUUAACUUUAUAGUACCGUUCUCACCAUAGAUUUAAUCAUUUAAAAAUUCAAUAAUGAAGUAUCCUUUUAAUCAAAGAAGAAAAAAUUUAUUUUUGAAAAUGGCGUCUUUUUUUCUCCCAUUUAUUUUGAUGAUUUGUGUUAGUGACUUAUUCAUUUUAAAAAUCAUUUAAGAUUAUUUUAUAAGAUCAAAGGAUGACAAAAAGGUUAAAACUUAACCUGACGGAAUAAAAAAAUUAAUUUGAAAGAAUUUUUUUCUUCAGUUCUCUAAUGAAAUGCUCAUUGUCUGAUCCCGUUUUUGUUAAGCUUCACCUACUUCAUCAUUGUCAGAUUCUGUUUUUAGUUAAGCUUCACCUACUUCAUCAUUGUCUGAUUCUGUCUUUGGUUAAGCUUCACCUGUUCAUCAUCCUUUGUACUUUUAAAAAUAAUGAAGCUGAGCCCAUUGAUUCUAAAUAUCUGUAGUAUUGUGAGCAAUGACUCUACACCAAUCACUACAUGGGCCACAGGUGCCAGCAAGACGUGGGAUCGUCUUCAGAAAGGCUUUCGUCUACUCUCAGUGGAGUUUGCAUCCCUCUCAGACAAAGCCACUCAAGCCGUAAGAUGACCUUCACCUUGUUUAUAGACUUCAUAUCUAAACCAUUAGAAGAUAAAUUCAUAAUUCAGCAAAAAUUGUUUGCUGCAUUAAGUCUUCAAGAUUUUACAACAUAAUGUAAAUAAUAUGUAAUGUUGAAAUACACAUGAAGUAAUAUAUAUGUUUAAUUUGUAUUUUUUUAUAAUUUAAUAGCUUUUGAAAUUAUGUUUUAUGACUAAAAUGGUUAUAAAUAUAAUUUUUCAGUAAAGAUUAUGAACUAAUCUUUACAUUUGUCAUUAUCUUAGGCUGUAGAUGAAGAAGAUGGUGUUGUUGAAAAGUUAUCAUUUUUUCAGGACCUUAUCACGGCCUAUAAAGUAAGUAAGAAUGUUGAGGUAAAGUAGUAAAUACAAACUUGGAAAUAAAACACUGAGAUUUUUCAAGAUUCACCUUAUUCUACAAAUCAUUGUUGACAAAGUUGUCAUCUUUAAUCCAGUUUGUGUGUGGGCUUCAGGGCAUAGCAAAUUUCAUUCAACUCUGGCAUACGACACCUCUCAGGGCUUGCUAACACCAUUAAGUUCUAAAACUUGGAAUUCAUUCCGCCAGGAUUUGUGUGACAGACAUGAAAAAGGUGUGCUGCACGACCACCAGAAGGCUAUACAAAAGAUGGGGCAAUAUAAGAAAAAGAAAAUGUCUGCCACUGUACAGAGUUCUGAUGUAAGUAUGUAGAAACUGCUUUCAUUUGCCAGAGUGCAACACAAUUAAAAUCAUUUAUACUCAUCUGUUUAUGAGUGGCAUAUUUGUCUUAACCACUCAAAGUGCCACAAUAGACUUCAGUUAGCUUGUGGUAUGGUCCAAAUAUCUACUAAUGUUCAGUCAAAUAAUUUUCAAGAUUUAUUGCUUUCACCCCUCCUGUGACAAGAGAGGUGUGAUUGCAAUUCAUGUAAAUGCCUCAGAAGCACCCAUGAGUGUUUUUUAAUGUGGAAGAUAAUUUUCACUUUUAGACUACAUCCAGAAAAUUGGAAUGGAUGACAAUAAAUAGCCUUUCUGUGAGUCCAUUGACUUAAAUUAGCUUGACUGGUGGAAGUUUUAUGGGCCUGGCUGUCUUUGUCAUGGUAUUAAAAUUUGUGUUCACACCAUCCACAUUUUCAUUUUCCACAGAAAAAUUAUAUUUUGCUUUAGUACUGAUAGAAUUUGAAUGUUAAUAACCUGUGACAUGUAAUUGUUCAAUGUUGUUUUUUAUUAACUGAACAUAUCUGUUACUUUACCAACAGACAGGAGCUGUUGACCAGUUAGAACAGAAAAUACUCGAGGUACGCCUAUAUGGUUCAAAAUCUAGAUAUUGUUAUCUGUAAUAUAAAGCACACAAAAAAAAAUUUCCUCUUACAAAGAAAUUCUUUGUGCUAAAACAUUACCAUUAUAAAUUCUAAUUCAUUUUCAUAAGUGAAACAAUGGCAGAUAGAAAAAGUAAUUUUAGUUAUCACCCCUUAUGUAACAGAAUGAAGUAAGUAAAAAUGAUGAGAAGUCUGUUAUGGUGAAUAUUUCUUUGUUCACAGCAAGAAGGUGAGAUUGCCAACAUGGAGAACCGCAACUACUACUCCUUGCACUGCUUGCAGAUGGAGACACAGUUGAUCAAUGCACAUUUGGAUAUUUUUUAUGAAAUUAUUUCAUGUAUGGCAAGGGUUGAGACCGCAACCAAUGACGAUGUGAGUAAACCUGGCCACUUCAUAGACAACUUAAGGAUAACUGCCCAGAAAAUUUUUUAAAAUUUAAAUUUUAUUUUCUUGUGGAAUAUUAAUGCAUAUAAAGUUAAAGUUUUUAAUUUUCAUUUUUACCACACUACAAACUAGGAAACAUUUGUUUUGUUUUUUAAUUAACAGUAUGUAAAUUAAGUUUUUUCUUGUUUAUUCGCAGUUGGCCAAAAUCUGGGCCUCCAUGGAGCCUGCCAUCAGUGUCUUAUCUCCGUCAACACAAUCCUUCAUUUCCAAACCCCAACUUUCUCCUGUGGGAUCACCCAAUAACAACAAAUACCCAGGCUUUAGCAAAUAACAGAGAUAGACAUUUGAAUCAAGGCAGAAUUUUGAAUUGUGAAACCUUAUCUCUGAGAGUUAAAAGCAUGUGGGGGACAAUAAUUAUAUAAUGAGCUUGUGUAAUGCUGACAACAGUUUAUAUUCGAUAGGCUUUUUGGUUCUGUUCCUGCUUCAUAGCAUGCAAAAUUUUACACAAAAUGGAAUUAUUUUUUUAAAAGUGUAAUUUGUUGGUCUACAGGUAAUAAAUGAAGUAACUAUCUUGCCCAACCCAGAAAAUAGUAUAUAUUGGAUCUAUUUUUAGCUGGAAAACAAGAGUGUUGGUCGUGAAUGUCAAAACUUGAACCAGUAGAUAAUGAACAUGGAUUUACCAUCAUUGGAUUUAGUUACCAAACGCUUAGGCAAAUUUAGAUAUUUUUUAAAUAGAAUUAUUAUUAUUAUUAAAGAACAAAGUAUUUCAAACAGUCCUUUGAGAGAUUUUUAUAAGUGGUAAAAUUGUUACUUCUUAUACAUAUUUUUGUUGUGCUCUCUGUAUUACAUUAACAAUUGUGAGCUCUGCAUUAGAAUAAAAAUGAUGAGCUCUUGGUUACUUUAAAAAUGAUGAUGUAAUUAGGGACUUCUUGAUUGGCAGCUGCUGUGAAAUUAUUUACUGUUACUCCUGAUGAUUUUUACAAUGUGAUAGAUAUCUGUCAUGAUGUUUUGUUAAUUAUUAUCUUCCUCAUGCCAUGUUUGUUUUUUCUCAAUUUUUUUUUUUUUUCAAAUGAGUUCCCAUUCUGUGGCACAAUGCAAUAUCCAAGCUGGCAGACACUUAAUGUCUGUUGUCAUAAUUUAAAACUGACCAAACAACAGAAACUUUUUUUUUCCCAGGAAGAACAAAUAAAAAUAGUGCACAUUUUAUUUUUAGUGUUAAAAAACUGAAAUAAAAUCCAACUUAAUUACAUUUGCUUGAAUUUUUAUUUUAGAACAAUGAUUCCCAAUUUGUGCUCUAUUGACUCGCUAUCAGGUGCUCUGUGGCCACUCCACGAAACUUCUUGACAUUAUUAAAAGAUAUAAGUAUUUUAAGUAUAAGGGGCCUCCCCAUAGAAAUUGAUUUUAAAAAGGGCUCUCUGAGUCAAAAGGUUUAAGAAUGACCAUGUUAUAGAGAUUUUCAAAGUAAAAACCAAAGUCUCAAUUAUCACCUUUUCUUUUAAGAUUUAACAGGCCUAUAUUUGGUCCAUUAACAAUAAUUUAAGGGUUCUAUAAAUCUUAAUUGAAUUCAUAAACAGUAUAAAUUAAAAAAAGGUUUCAUUUUAAAUUUAUGUGGCAUGUUUAUAUAAUUUAAAUUUAUUAAGCACAUUAAUAUUAAUUGCUAUGAUUAACCUGCAUUUAUUGGAGAUGUAAGAAAAUUCUAAUUGAAACUAAUUUUUUUCUCCUAGUCUAUAACAAAUUAAUAACGGCUCAUAUUGUAGCUACCAUUAUUUCAUAGAUUCCUAAUUCCUAGUGAAUUUGUUUGUUUUUUUUACCUGUGUUGAUUGAUUGUGGUAUAUUUCAUUAUAUUUUUUUUCUAAAUAUGGUCCCUCUCACCCGGUCUUUGUUAGACAGAAAAAAUGCAUGUAGAGCACAAACUUGUAAAAAAGAUGGGGUAUUUGAAUGGAGUUUUUUAAAAGUAUGGAGUACACAAGAUUUGUCAAUAGAGAAAAAGAAUUAUUUCCCAAUUUUUGACUUCAGUGAUUGCAUUUUUUUUUAAAGAUUACACACCCCUAUCCAGAUUUAUGUUCAUUUAAUUUCAUUUUUUUCCUCCACUCAAGUAUCUGGGAUGAAACUUACCUCAUAAGUUCCUGGAAGUUUCAAAAUUAUCCUUUAUUCUAAAUAGCUUCAAAUUCUUAAAAUACUGAUAUAGGCUAAAUUAAGAAGUUUUUUUUUUAUUUGAUUUACUCGCAGUCACUUUAUUGGAGGUUCUUAUUUCUGAAAUUAAUUCAGAUUCAGAACUAUGAUUCCAUAGUUAAAUCAAGGUCACUAAAACAAAAACUCUGCAGGUUUCCACAUCCGGGUAUUAAUUUCUUUGAUUUUUAAAACAUUAAAGCGUGUUAGAAUCAUCAGCUGUUCACAAUUCUGGUUAUAGUUAUCAGUAAAAGAAUAUUGCUAAAGAUCUGGGAAAGGGAACUAAAUGGUUAGAUUUAAAUAUUCUUUGAAGAGUUCCCUCUGUGUGAGCUCUAUUUAAGUGAAGCAUCACUAGAAUAUUGUCCAUGUGUGCAUGAAUGCGGGGUAGCAAAUGUUAAUUAUUAUUAUUAGAUGUUAAUUUAUUGAGAAACUUCAUAAUCGGGUGUGUAUAUGUGCACAGUGUAGCAUUAAAAAAUUGUCCUGUUUUAAAGUACACAACAUAUCCAUUUGAAAUGUAUUCUUUCUGACAUGAUUUUUACUUAUAAAAAAACACUCCCAGGUGCUACUAAAGGAUGUUAGGCAAUUGAACAAUUGUUGCCUGAAGAUGUUAAAGCAACACCUUAUGAAAAGAUAGCAUCCUUGUCUGCUACAACCCUAUUGUAAGGAGUGUUCAUAUAUACCCAAGUUGACUUCAAAAAUGCCUUUCACAUUUGUAUAAAAUAAUAAUGACUUCUGAUUGAACGUUUAGUUUUUCCUUGGAUAAAAAUUGCUAAAUACUUCUGUAUCCUUUUUAUUUAACACUUCCAAAAUAAAUAUUGCAAAUUUAAAAAAAAAAAUUAAAAUUAAAUGCAAAUAAAUACCCUAGUAAACAAAAUGGUUACAAAACAAAUUGUAGGCUGAUUAUUUUCAAUUGAUUUCCCAGAGAAUUAUUUACUGUACAAUUUAUUGUCAAUGUUAUUUCAACAGAUAAAGUAGAGCACACUUAAAUAAUGUUUAAAAUUUAAACCUGAUUUUGGGACAUUAAAAAAAACCUGCAUUACUGAAAACCCUAAAAUGGUCUAAUGUUUCAUGAAUUCAUUUAAAAUGUUCCCAUGAGAUUACAACUUACUGCUAACUCCUCGGUGAUGGCCUUGCCAAGUUUGAAUUAUGUUGAAUGUUGACAUAUUCAAACUUUCAGAAAUUGAUGGAUACAAUUAUGUGCUUUUAUUUGUUUCAAUUAUGCCAGUGAACCCUGUAUUAAAUUAUGAGGAUAUUUGUUUUCCAAAUUUUAUUAAUCUAAGUCAUUUUACCAAUAAACUGAAGUAUAUAAAAUAUACAUGAUAAAUAUGAUAAUAUUUGUUACUUUUAUUUCUUCC